UCACCCUUGCAAUAGAAGAAGAAAGCCCUGUAGCCAGAGAGGAGAGGCUAAUGUACGUCCACAACUGUACGCUUAGCAGCACACACCGCGACGACGGCUAUGAUUGACAGAGUCCGAGGAACUUUCCACGGGCAGGUCAUCACUCUCGCACGGUUGUCCCAGCUGAAGUGAAAGAAGAGAAGAACGUAGAGCUGUCUCGACUACUGGAAGGCAUGGCGGUGGGCCAGAACGAGCGAGCCCGCUGGACUUCUCGCCAUUUUUCGUACAGGAGAACGCUGCCGUAUCUGGGACUCUUGAGGAUAUUAUUUAUUGCUUUUAUCCACAUGGCACGGGCGAAUAGACAAGCGUUCAUUCAGUGUGACAGAGUACUUGAAGUUCUAAAUUUCGGUGAUGGAGAAACUUUACCGGCUGACUCCAACAUCGAUUAUGAUUUAUAUCAACGAAGGGCCGCCUGCCGGAAACCCCCGGAGCCAAGUUCGAAACCUACUCCCAAUCUUUGGAGGCGGGGCUGCCAGGCUUGUCCACCGAAAAAGAGCACAGCCCCGCACAGAGGCAGCUGCCGACCCAUACGCUUUGAACCUCCAAUGUCGGACUUUCUCAAACAGCCUGUGGGGAUGCCAAAAAUGGAAAAAGUUUAUUUACAUAAUCCUAGCCUAGAAGAAAUUAGUUUGAUAUCAAUAUCAGCGACGACGGCGCAUUUUCACGCCUCCUUUUUCCUGAAAGGGUUUCAUCCACAGAAAGUCCCGCCAGGAGGCAACACGUCAUUCGACGUCGUGUUCCUCCCGCGAGUCGUCGGGAAUGUAGAAAACACUUUAUUUAUUAAUACGUCACAUCACGGAACGUUUACAUACCAGGUUUUUGGAGUGGGCAUUCCAAACCCGUACAGGCUCCGCCCCUUCAUUGGGGCUCGAGUCCCAGUAAACAGCAGCUUCUCGCCGCUAAUAAACAUCCACAAUCCCUACAGUGAACCACUCAAGGUGGUUGAGAUGUAUUCCAGUGGAGGGGAUCUACAUCUCGAACUUCCUACGGGCCAACAGGGAGGCACGGGGAAAUUAUGGGAGAUCCCGCCCUUUGAGACCAAGGCCGUGAUGAGAGCCAGCUUCUCGUCCCGAGACGUGGACAACCACACGGCUUUCAUUCGAAUUAAAACCAACACACCCAAUGAAGGCAAUGAAGAAAAAUAUAUCAUCCUGCCUGUAGAGGUGGAGGUCACAUCAGCGCCUGGUAUUUACGCCUCCUCAGAGAUGCUCCACUUUGGCACGUUGCGCUCACAAGAUCGGCCAAAACUGAUGGCUUUGUACCUUUUAAAUUCGGGAUCAAAAGACGUGCCCAUCACAAGCAUCCGCACAUCGCCGCCCAAUGAUGCCAUCACGAUAGACUUUAAAGCUAUCACUCUCAGAGCGGGAGAGAGCAGAUACACCAAAGUAGCAAUUAUUAGCUUUCACGCCUCCAGGGCCAGGCGAUCGGAUCAGUUCGUUGGGAAAAUCACCGUGAAAGCCAAGGAGAAGAGCUACGCCAAGCUAGAAAUUCCCUACCAGGCCGACGUUUUGGAAGGCUAUCUAGGCUUUGACAACACGGCCACGUUGUUCCACAUUGGCGACAGCCCCGUGGACCCGGUUGACCGGUCUAUAUUCCUCACAAACGCCUUCAACGCUGCCAUCCAGAUACAUACCGUGACGCUGCCCGAAGAGGCCAAAACCAUGUUCAGCAUACAAAACUUCAGCGCACCCACCCUGGUCCCCUCACACGAGUCGCGCUUCAUCUUCUCGCUGCUGUUCCAACCGGUCCGGCCGUCCAUUCACAUCGACAGCAACAUGGUGCUCAUCACCAACGCAUCAAAGUUUCACCUACCUAUCAGGGCCUACACGGGCUUUCUGGAGCCUCAUGUGCUGCCGCCCAGCUUGAAGAAGAACAUACUGGACUUUGGUGUUCGCAGCGCCACAGACACCAGCAGCAUCAUAUUCGUGGCGGUCAACAGUAACCCUAUAGAGUUGGAGAUACGGUCCUGGCAGGUGACGGGCGUCAGCCUCUCGGUGGAGCUGCUCAAGGCCGAGAAGGGAAACGCAACGUUGGCGUCUAGUCGCCUGAAGGACUUGCAGAACGUGACGGCGUCGCAUUACAAAACGGUCAUAAUAGCAUCUGGCUUUUACGCCGCCUUCCGCGUGACACUGGUGGCCAAGUCACUGGAAGGCGCGUAUGACGGGGCCAUCCACAUCACCACAGAUUAUGAGAUAUUAACCAUCCCCGUGAAAGCUCUUAUCGCCGUGGGGGAAUUAACCAGCUUCCCCAGUCACCUUGUCCUGCCUCAGUCGUUUCCAGGCAAAAUUGUACACCAGAUUUUCAGUAUCCGGAGCUCGUUCUCACAAAAAGUGAAGCUAGAGCAGAUUCGCUCGCUGACCGAAGACAUUCGCUUUUAUUACAAGCGCCUGCGCAGCAACAAGGACGAGCUCGAGCCCAGGCGCAAAUCCAAGGUUGCAAAUAUUUAUUUCGAUGCCAGUUUAGAGUGUGGCGAUCACUGCUACGUGGGGCUGCCUUUCGUAUUUAAAACUGAGUCAAAACCUCACGGGAUGGCACUGCAGGAGGACAAUUGGGACGCCGAUGUGGAUCUCCACCAGAAACUUCUCAGGCGAUGGAACGAGUUGAAAGAGCGCUCGGGCCACAUAGUUGAAGCCAUGUUUGAAGUCAACACGGAUCUCCAGAAAAAUGUCCAGGCUAAAAUUACAGCCCAGCUGACCUGGCCCUCGCUGAUCAACUCGUCGCGGCACAUAACUUUUCCGCUGACAAACACAAACAACUCAACUGAAAGAGAGGUAAAGCUGCAGAAUCCAGCCGACGUUCCCGUUUACGUUCAGAUUCUCCCGCUGGCGCUGCUGCCCAACCCCUCCAUCUUUUCCGGAAAGUUGGCAGACAGAUGGCAACGAGAAAACCUGUCCAACAUCAACAUUGACACAAACACGAUGGAGUUCCAAGUGCAAAGAAACCAAACGACUGCAGUCAAGAGCGUCAACGGCUUUGCGGAGGGUUCCAGUCGACCUUUCGUGUACAACCUGGUCCUGAUGCCCGGGGAGGAGAAGUCGUUGAACAUCAGAUUCACGCCAGUCCGCAACCACAGCGUCUCCUCCUUGCUCAUAGUCAGGAAUAAUCUGACUGUGAUAGAGACCAUCGUCCUGCACGGCCACGGCGCCACCGAAAGCCUCAAAGUCGCAGGGAAGCCUCCGGGCAACGGCGCCUCGUUGAGGUUCAAGAUGACGGAAGCGAUACUGAGAGAUUGCACAGACAAAAAAAGAACCAGGGAUCCAAACUUCACGCUUAAGAAAACAUUCCGCGUGGAGAACACGGGUCUGCUCCCCAUCACCAUCCGCUCGAUGGAGAUCAACGGGGAAGCCUGCCAAGGAUUCGGAUUCAAAAUCGUCAACUGUCAAGAGUUAAUACUUCAACCCAACGCGUGGGAAGACCUCAUCAUAUUAUUUACACCAGACUUCACCGCGUCGCGAGUCAUCCGCGAGCUCAAGCUGGUCACGUGCAGCGGCUCGGAGUUCAUCUUUGUGAUGAACGCCUCGCUGCCAUACCACAUUUUGGCGACGUGCGCCGAGGCCCUACCCAGGCCCUCCUGGGAGAUGGAGCUCUGCCUCAUCGUGUCCAUCGUCAUGAGUUCAAUGUUUGUCUUGGUGCUCGGCACGGCCUACUUGGAGGCGCAGAGCAUCUGGGAGCCCUUCAAGAGGCACGUAGCCGUCGAGCCCAACUGUUCCUUGGAGACGGGGAGGCCCUUUAAUCUCAGAGACAUAGUCCAGCUGCACAGUGAUUCAAAUCACACAUCUCAGAACUCCAGGGGGUUAUACGCGUCCACCAACGGAGCGACGCGCGGAGGCCGACACAGCAACAGCCGGACGUCGUCCGAUUCUGACGUCCAAGACAAGCGUUCCAGGAUCAGCUUGGGCCGCCCGUCUAUGUCGACGCCAGCCUCUUCCUCCGCGCAUCUGCCCAAAGGGGGGAGCGGCACCUCGGUCCAGGAAGGAGCCUCCCCAUCUUCCGACUGCCAGCUCGCCAACCGCAAAGCUCGCAGCCCCAAACCGGAGCCAAGUUUAGCUGCGUCCGCGUCGCCGCCGCAAAGGAGCACCGCCACCUUUGACACGGAAUACACCAACCUGGUCAACACCAUGGACACAGAUCGCCAGCGCCCAGACUCUCUCGUUGAAACGCUACAGGACCAGAGUUCUCAGUCUCUUCUCAACAAAGCAUUGGAAUCCAAAGGGAAACUCCGGGGCAAAACAAAAGUGCAGCGGAAGAAAGAAGAGAGAGUCAAGAAAUCAACAGUCAAAACCCCGGGCGAUGAGCUAAAGGACAACUUGGCCGACAACGACGACAGCUCCUCCACCACCACGGAAACAUCAAACCCAGACAUGGAGAGCAGUGUCAAAGAGGAACCACUGAAAAAGAAAGGAAGGACAGGCAGUCAGCCAAAAGAAGAAAAAGAAGGUACAAGUUUCCUCGUGAAACAGAAACCCAAGAAGCAUGGAGCUUCGAAAAAGGAAGUCCCAGUUGAAAAAGCCAGUUCCCUGGAGUUGCCGUACUUGCCGCCGCAGGAGAACAAACAGCGCAAGUCCUCCACGUCCAAACCGCCCCAACCCGUCAGCAGCCCCCCUAAGACAAAACCGCCACAAAGUCCUCAACUCGAACCCAAGCAGGAGGACGGUCGAUCUCAGCUGCUCAAGCUACUGUCCGACUCGGUUCAGGAGCCCGGACACAGCAGCGGCUCCGAGGGCGAGAAAGAGUUUGCGGCCCCCGAGUGGGACAUCCCCAUCUGCAAAAACAGCGUCCAAGCAGACAGCCUGCAGCAGAUCUCCCUGCAGACGUUAAACGCGGACCCCUUCCUCAAGCGAUCGUCCACGGCGAGACCUUGCUCACCUCCGCCCAUCUCCCCCAGUCUGCUGACGCGCGGCAGUUACAGCAGCGUCCUCAACAGCAACAGCGACGUGAACCACAAUAAAGCUCCAGGAAGCAAAGCUUCCUGCACCACGCCGCUCACCGGCAAGAACGGAACCCCCACCUUUGCCGCUGUUGCCGGUGGUUACGACAAGAGUCCAGGUGGUUCUGGACCGGGCAGGCUCGAAGGCCAUUCAAGGAGUCUGGCACACACGAUGUCAGGAGAGAGUGACAGUUCAGACAGCUCAGGGUUGUGGAGUGCCAUCGACACAGCCAGCAGUCCGAACUUCAAUUCCACCAACUCCUUCUCUGCUUUUGGGCCUAACAACUCCUUCAACCUGACAGGAGUUUUCAGCGGAAUGGGCCUCCAGAAGCCAUCGGAGCCUCAACUGAGUUGGCCCGACUUCACCACGGUGCCAUCGUCCAUCUGGGACAUACCUAGCCCGGACCCCCUGCACUCCUGGCCCAGCAGCUCCAGCUCGCCCACCGUGCCCACCUCAUCACUCCUGGGGAGCAGCCACAACCCGUGGUCCGCCAGCGCCGCCUUCGGCAACUCCAUUUGGUCGGCGAGCACCGAGUCGUCGCUGCACCCCUACUCCCCCGCCGCCAAUCCGCCCACCAUGACGGACCCCCUGGAGCCGCCGCCGCCGCCCCCGGCCGACAUAAGCCGCACGUACAACCCAUGGAGCAUGUGGCGGCCCACGCUCAGCCGGCGCAGCUCCGAGCCCUGGCCCAGUUCCUCGGAGGACAACAAUUAAAAACGGCACUUAAAGGCGACCAGCCGAUCAGAAUUUUUUCUCAAAUGUGACGGGAAGGAUUUAAAUGAUUCACCUUCCUUUUUGUGUUGGAUUUCCCACUGCUUUUUAUUCAUGGGGGCUGACACUUUUAUUUCUUUUAACAGAGGCGCAGCUCCUCUGCCCCUCUAAAAUGAGAUGUGACGGGCUGGUACUGAAUUUCAGUAUUAAAAAAAGGAACAUUUUUCAGAGUUUUAUUACAAUUGGUUUAAACGGACUUUCAGUCAAGCGCACUAAUUUGACAGCAACCUUGACUACGAAUGGACAUUUCAAGAAAUGUUUUCCCCCGUUUUAAAAGUCCAAAAAGUACUUCAGUUUGAAUUAUACCAGGCCUCUAUUUGUCACCAAAUUCCAAUAAAGGAUUUCAGCACAA